GCGGGAGGAAUGAAAGUGGUGGUGUCGCCGGCAGUUGGUUCUGGGCUCUGGAGCUGGGGAUCCCGUGGGAGUGGGAUAAUGAGGCUGCUCUUGGUCCUCUCCGGCUGCUUGUUCUGCGGCUCAGAAUCUUGAGAAAUCUGAAUUUUGGAAUGAUUGAAGAAACACUGUAUUCAUCCUGAUACAAGAUUUGUAAUGAUGUCUCAAUGUGAUAAACCUUAAUCUGUUUUGCACAGCAUCUGAAGCUACCAGAAAACUUCCUCAUGAUGUUUUCAAGAUCUGGAAUUGAUGUUAAUGUGAUCAUGCUUCAGGAAUCCCGAGUUUAUGAUAUGAAUACCAGCACACAAUUCUGUUAUAAAAAUGUGCUUACCCCAAAGUGGCAUGAUGUAUGGACACGGAUUCAGAUCCGGGUAAAUAGUUCCAAAUUGGUUCAAGUCACCCAGGUGGACAAUGAGGAGAAACUGAAGGAGCUAGAGCAGUUUAGUAUCUGGAACUUUUUUUCCUCCUUUUUAAGAGAGAAAUUGAAUGACACCUAUGUUAACGUGGGUCUAUACAGCACAAAAACCUGCCUCAAAGUUGAGAUUAUAGAGAAGGACACCAAGUACUGUGUCAUUGUGACCCGGAGAUUUGACCCCAAGCUCUUCCUCAUUUUCUUCCUUGGAGUUGUACUGUUUUUUUGUGGAGACUUGCUGAGCAGGAGUCAGGUUUUCUACUAUUCCACUGGGAUGAGUGUGGGAAUUGUGGCCUCUCUCCUAAUCAUCAUUUUUAUACUGUCCAAGUUUAUGCCAAAGAAAAGUCCCAUUUAUGUCAUCCUCGUGGGAGGCUGGUCCUUUUCUCUGUACCUCAUUCAGCUAGUAUUUAAGAACUUACAAGAGAUCUGGAAGUGUUACUGGCAAUAUCUUUUAAGCUACAUCCUCACAGUUGGAUUCAUGAGUUUUGCAAUAUGUUACAAAUAUGGGCCCUUGGAGAAUGAACGAAGUAUCAACUUGCUGACUUGGACCUUGCAGCUGAUGGGCCUGGGUUUCAUGUAUUCUGGCAUCCAGAUACCACACAUUGCCCUUGGCACUGUCGUCAUUGCACUGUGUACUAAGAAUCUGGAAUAUCCUAUUCAGUGGCUGUACAUCACCUACAGAAAGAUGUAUAAGGCAAGAGAAAAGCCUGUCCCCCCUCGCCUUCUGACAGAAGAAGAGUAUCGGAUACAAGGAGAGGUAGAGACCCAAAAGGCUUUAGAAGAGCUCCGAACAUUUUGUAACAGUCCAGACUGCUCUCCUUGGCAGACCAUUUCUCGGAUCCAGUUUCCAAAAAGAUUUGCUGACUUUGUGGAAGGCUCUUUCCAUCUCACACCAAAUGAAGUUUCUGUCCAUGAGCAAGAGUAUGGAUUAGGGAGCAUUAUUGCCUUGGAUGAGGAAGCAUUCUCUGAGGAGGAAGACUCAGAUUCUCCACACCUAUCUGCCACACAAAACAACUUCCUCACUUAGGGAGUAGUUGUUUAUUUUCGUGUAGGAUGGCUUGGUGUCUUGGUGGUCUAUGUUGUAAGUGCCAUGCAAUUCUUCUAGGCCUUUGUAGCAGGCAGAGGGAUUAUGCAGAGUUUCUCCCACUGAAAUGAGAAGCUUGAGUAGAUCUCCCUCUGGGAAUGGCCUUGGUGGUCUCUGUGGGAUCCCUGAGGAAGGAGAAUGGGUAAAGCAGUGAAUGCUGUGGCAGUUCACUUCCCACUGGUUAAGCUAUCAGCCCAUUUUUCUGUUCCCAAGAAAUUGGAUGUCCACAGCCAGCAUGGCAUUCUAGCUCCUCAUGAAAGUUGAAUCCGUCAUAACCUUUGUGUCACCAUGGCUGGCACUACAAAGUGAGAAUUGUUGUAGUUGCAGUAAUGCUUUCAGACCAUAGGCUGCAUCUGCCAAAGAGAAACCCAUAAAUCUGAGUCUCCUUUACUUUUGCUUUUAUUUCAGUGACUUUAGAAUAAUCUUUUAUUUAACUGCCUUUGGGGAAAAUUGACUUUUGCCUUGUUUUUUUAAACAAAUGUAUUUUGAAAAACGUAACAAACUCAUGUUCCAGAACAAGUGGGUGCUCCAGAAUGACAAGGCCUAUUGGCCCUUAGAUAUUUAUUAAUAUGGAUUAUUCAUUAAAGCCCCAGGAGCUGUUAUAUUGAGCUUUGAAUUAGUUCUCAGAUAUAUAAUAUUCUGAGUCCUACUUUGAGGAAUGUACCUGUAGGCUUUUCUGUAUGUGAGGUCUCUUGGGCUUUUUAUUAUAUUCCACAUUUAAUUCUAUCUUAAAAAUACAUUUGCAUUUUUCUCUUCCUAUUCCUCCUUGCUCUCCUUUUUCCUUUCAGGAUAGGUCUAUUACCUCACCUGUGGUGUGUGUACAGUUCAGUUUGUCUCAUUUUUUAUCCCCCAUCCCUUCUUCUAGCCAAGAGAAGUGCUCUUGUUUACCCCAGUUUUUCCUGUCACUGGGUCACAUGUCUUUGAGUUACUGUGGAAGAAACUAUCCUUUUGUCUGCCUUGCUUUGUAUACCCAUCUACUCAUUCUUUCAGCCUUCCUUACCACCUGUACUCUCCCAAAUCUAGCUAAUUUAUAAGCAUGAGAUCAUCUAUGAAGUUUCUUGAUACAUAGUUUGUAGCUUGGAGCUACCCUAAUUUACAUUGCCGGGAAAUCUUCGUGCCUCUGGAUGCUCACUCAGCCAUCAGGAUCAGGCAUAUUUUUCUAUGAAUUUAUUAUUAUUUGCAAUUCCAUUUCUGGCCAGAGAUUCAUGUUGUCUUAUAGUGGCCUUAGUUUCAUAUUCUUUUGCUUUUGUAAAGUACUCUUACAAGCCAGCAAUAACAUUUAUGAGGGAGCAAAUUCCCAAGUAUCUGUCAUUUGCUUGGUUCUUUUUCUGUAGUUUUUCACCCUUUUACUUUGGGAAAAGCUAUAAUUCCUUUAGCCAGGAAGGUAGACAUUCAUGGCAGGUGCAUAGCAUUGGACUUGCUGACUUGCCAUAAUCAGAGAAGAAAGUUGAAUUUUUAAAAAGCUGUUAUAACUCAUUCAGACCAGCCACUAGAAUGUAAUUUUAAAAGACCCUGGGCUCCAUUGCUGACUUCUGAAAUGUCAGCUCUGAGACUCCCAUCCAGGUGCCUGGCUGAUUAUUUCCACCAGUGUUCCCCCCAUAGCCUUCAGCUGUAAAGUGACAGCUACCUCAAUUGGCAGAAAGAGACAGUAGAAGAGAAAGAUGAACAGUAUUUGAUAGAUGCUGUGGGUUAAAGUUGCAGAAUACAAAGAACUUUAUAUUGGGAAGCCUUUAUCCCUUUGUGAAUUAUGUGCAUGGUAAAAUUUUAUCCUACAAUGAACUAUUAAAACCUCUGAGGGACUGGAUAUAUAGCUCAGUGAUAUUGCACUUGCCUAACAUGCACAAGGCCUUAGGUUUAAACCCCAGCAACCCCCCCCAAUCCUGUGAAAUACUAUAGUUUUUGACAUUAUUUUAGAAAUUUGAGACCUAGCAUAUUUGAGUGUAAAUUAACUUGAAAAAAUAAUUUAACUGUACAGCGGGUCUCAGGAUCUCUGUGGCUAUUGGUGCCUUCCCCCAAACAUCUUAGGGAAGUGGUAGCUUGUCUCCAGAGCAACAUUUCCUGGUUCAUGUCUUUAUUUCAGUAAGAAGCCAUUGUGAAGUUGAGAAAGAUUCUCCUUUUCUGUGUAGUAAACUCUUUGUGAAAAGUUUCAA